AUGAGCCCUCGGUACCGUCGCGUCGCUGUCAUUGGGACCGGUCCCUCCGGCCUUUCCGCCGUGAAGGCCCUUAGCGACGAGAACGUGUUCGACACAAUCCGCGUUUUUGAACGGCGAGAUCAGGUCGGUGGACUAUGGCACUACGAUCCUACACCUGAUCCAUUCCCAAACCCAAGCGCAUCUCUGCCCAUUCGCAAUACAAUUCCCUCCAAACUACCUCAAUUCACCGCCCCUGUGCCUGAAGACACUACCGCCCGUACGGCUAUCUACGACACGCUAGACAGCAAUGUCGGCGCAGCGGCAAUGGCAUUUACGCAUACAUCAUUCCCACCCGUCAAUUCAGCCCUCUCUAUCAAGCAAUUUGGUCAUAACAAUCCCUCGAGGCCCUUCCGCGUAGUCGCAGGGUACCUAGAGGAUCUCUUCCGCGAGUAUCUCCCACUCGUAUCCUUCAACACGACCGUCGAGCGGGUCGAGAAGCAAGGCACUCAAUGGACCCUCACUUUGCGCAAGUCAGACCAGCUGUAUCGCGGCGUGCCGCGUAAUUACUGGUGGCAGGAGCAUUUCGACGCAGUGGUUGUCGCAUCGGGUCAUUACAACGUUCCCUUGAUUCCGGAUAUCCCAGGCCUCGAUGUCGCGUUCAAAGCUCACCCUAGCAACUUCGAACACUCGAAGGCGUUCCGUUCGCAGAACGACUACGUCGAGAAAAAGGUCGUUGUGGUGGGCGGGAAUAUCUCGUCCGCUGAUAUUGUGGCGGAUCUGCAUCGUGUCGUGAAGGGACCGCUUUAUCUCUCCCAGCGAGGCUAUAACGAGGCGCUGGAGUCAGUCUGGAACAUUCCCGGGGUCGAGAAAAAGCCCACUAUAUCGGGUAUCGAGACCACAGCAUCCGGAAUCACGGUGAAAUUCUCCGAUGGUUCUACUGUCCCUGACGUCGACAAGAUCAUUUUCGCGACCGGCUACAAACUCUCAUACCCGUUCCUGACGCCCGAUCCUGUUACGCCUAACAACCGCGUCGCGGGCUUCUAUAAGCACGUCUUCAAGAUUGGAGACCCCUCGCUGGCCCUAGUCGGCCAGGUUCGCGCGGCCAUCAGUUUCCGAGUAUACGAGUACCAAGCCGUCGCCGUGGCGCGGUACUUUGCCGGCACAAAUGCCAAGGAGCUGCCGAGCGAGAAGGAACAGGACCUGUGGGAACUGGAGCAUCUGAAGUAUAAGGGUCCGACGGCAUUAUUUCAUGAGAUCAAGCCGGACUUCAAGGACUACUUUGACUUCCUGCGUGAUUUGGCUGGUCCGCCGGCAGAGGGAAGCAAGGGGUACGAUCUGCUUCCGUGGGAUGAUUCGUGGGCUGAGAAGGGAUUCGCGAUCUUGCAGCAUAAGGAUGCUUAUUGGAAGUCGUUAGCGAGGGAGGCCGAGGUAUCGGCGAAGGUUAGGGCAAGGUUGUAG